GCCGGGAGAGCGGCCUGGCUUCCGGCGCCGCGCGUCAGCAGCGGGCGAGGCGGCGCCCCAUUGGCCGGCUGCGCGGGGCGGUGGCGGCGGCGGGCGAGGCGCUUUGUUCGGGCGGCGGCGGCGGCGGGGCCAUGUCGUACGUGCCGGGGCAGCCGGUCACCGCCGUGGUGCAAAGAAUUGAAAUACAUAAGCUUCGUCAAGGUGACAAUUUGAUUCUAGGAUUCAGCAUUGGAGGUGGCAUUGAUCAGGACCCUACUCAGAAUCCUUUCUCUGAAGAUAAGACUGACAAGGGUAUUUAUGUAACGAGGGUGACCGAAGGAGGCCCAGCAGAAGUUGCAGGGCUCCAGAUCGGAGAUAAGAUCAUGCAGGUGAAUGGCUGGGAUAUGACAAUGGUAACUCAUGACCAAGCCAGGAAGAGGCUGACAAAAAGAAACGAAGAAGUGGUGCGGCUGCUGGUGACCAGGCAAUCUCUGCAGAAGGCUGUGCAACAAUCAAUGAUGUCCUAAUCAAUCAUGAGGUUGGGGAAGGGUUGGGGAGGGAGAGACAUAGACUGGAUAUCAAGCAAGGAAGCAAACACUAGACCUGAGCAGGCUGUCUGGAAGGAGUGCAUGUUCCUACCUGUGGUAAACACUAUUUUUCUUUUUCUGGUGUAAUUGACAGUAGUAAAACUCUAGUUCUCUAAGCAGAGUGCUUCUCUAAAGUCUUCCCUGCAGGUACAUGGUAAGACUGUAUAGUAGUCACGGUUUUCAGGAGGACAGGACAAAUACUAGUUAUUUAAGGAAGCAGCUGGAGGAGCCUCAACUUUGAGGAGAUUCAUCUGUAGCACAGAAGCUUCCUAUUUCAAAAGGAAGUAUGGCUUCUGCCAAGGAAGAUCAGAGGGUUUGCUGUGGUCAAGCUUGUAGAUGUGAGCUGUCCUGUCCUCCUGUUCUAUCAAGUUAAAAUGCCAAUUAAGAGUUGCACACUGCUGCAGGGAGGAGCACUGUACUAAUCUCACACUGUGUGCUAGCUAGACAGAGUAUGCUGAAGGGUUUGGGCAUUAUGGUUUACUGCAAAGAAAUUCCCUGUACAGAACAGCUUCUUCAGACAAGAGACAACAACAGAGUAAUACAGGGGAGUUAGAUUAGUACCUGUGAAGUGUGCUAAAAGCUCUUAGACACUACAAUUCAUCUUUGUUAUCAGAUUGAAACCUUAAUUCUCCUUGUUCCUUAGUAAUUCGUAACACCAAAUGAAUCAAGAUUAAAUGGCAGGAAUACAGAGCAAUAUGAGCAGGUAAAGAAAACACUGUUGCUGGACUUACCAAAGGGGCUGCUCGUAUCUGUAGUCUCCCAUUCUUUAUACCACUUCUAUCAGGCAUCAGGUGGAGAGGGUGGAUUUUGGUUUGUCUCUUGUAGAAGACUCUCCUUAAAUUACUGAUUUAUGGGAUGGAAGAGAUGAAUAUGCCAGUAAUUUGCAUAAGUGCCUCUUGACCAAAUUUAAACUUCUAGUAAGCUACUAAGUUGUUUAAAACAAUUACAUACCACAGGAUUAAGAUUCUUGCUGCAAAACUAAGUUAAUCAUCUAGCAUCCUCAGUGGUUUGUUAACCAGCUAGCUUUACAAUUAUCUGAAAACUGGAGUUCUUAAUCCACCUCAGUUGAUUUAUACAUAUCUAUACUUUCCUUAAGCAGUCUUCAGGUAAGCUGUUGUAAAUAGAACACGAGGAGAUGGCAGACUAACUUAUUCAGUACAUUACUGCUGUGCCAUGUAGGUAUAUUGUGAUUAAUGCAUCUCAGACUGUUCUGUACACACCAGCAGAUGCCUAUUUACCGUUUUUGUAUCUACUGAAUUAUUACAAUAAUGCUUUUGAAUUUUGUAACUAUUAAGAAUUCAGUGGUAAAUUUUAAGGCUUUCAAGCUGAAGUUAUUUUUGUUACUAUAAAGAUACACUGCUAUUUGUACUGCUAUGUCACUUGAUUUUACACUCAAUAAAACAAAGCUGGAUUUCCUGA